CCAGGAACCCACAUGUUCUCGCGCUAGACCCGAAGCAGCAAGAAGGUUUCAGCGUCUGCGCAGCUUCGAAAAGCUCCGCGCGUACCUGCUUUGACUAACACAUUUUGUUUUGUUACGCUCGAGGACAUCUUUUCACAAUGUCGUCGUUCAAGAAAGCGUGGAAAUCCCGACAGAAAAACCACCAUGAAAGAUCUCAGCCUGAGUUCAGGAAACAUUUGGGAUUGCUGGAGAAGAAGAAAGACUACAAACUCCGCGCAGAGGAUUACCACAAGAAAGAGAACUCCCUUGCUGCUCUGCGAAGGAAAGCUCUGGAUAAGAACCCAGAUGAGUUUUACUACAAGAUGAUCAGCUCUCAGCUGCAGGAUGGAGUUCACAUAAUGAAAAAAGCCAAUGAGGAAGUGGCGAUGACGGAGGAGCAGAAGAAAGUGAUGAGGACGCAGGAUAUCAAAUAUGUGGAGAUGAAAAGAGUUGCAGAGGCUACGAAAAUUGAGAGGAUGAAAGGAGAGCUCCAUCUUCUGGAUGCAGACAGCAAACAAAGAAACAAGCAUACAUUUUUUGUGGGUUCCACGGCGGAAGUGCAGUCAUUUGACCUGGCAAACCACCUGGACACAGCUCCUGAGCUGGUUGACAGAGUGUUCAACAGACCAACUCUGAAAACGCUGGAGACCAAGAGCAUCCAGGGAGCUGUAGAGCCUCACAGUUUGGCGAAGUUGGCCAAGCAGAGGAAUCACCAGUAUAAGAUCCUUUCCCAGAGGAUUGACAGAGAAAAGAAAAUGUUUGUAAUCAGCCAGAAGAUUCAGACCCGCAAGGACCUACAGGAUAAGAACAAGAAAGUGAAGGUAAAAAAGGAGACGCCCAAGGCUGCAGCCAUCUACAAGUUUGAUGCCAAGAGGAAGCGCUGAGAGGGGAGUAAUCAUCAUGCUGAGAAGAAAUCACCACGUUUUCCAAUGAGAUAUUGGUAAAAUAAUGGACUUCUAGAUCGCAACAAAGACCACAGACUUGGGAUAAUUUUCUUUCCCUCAAAUGUUGUUGCAAUUUUGUACAUAUUUAUCAAUGACUUUUUGUUUCUUUCAAAUAAAUAUCAGAAGAACAUUAA